AUGGAUACCGAUAUUGACGACACUACCAGUACCGCUAUGCUCGUCGUCGACUACACUCAAGGUUUCGGAUCGUUUGACUUUUACCCUUACGAGUUCCCUGACGGAGUCCCGCGGCAUGUGUCUAGCCUAGGACGGCAGCGAUUCAAAAACAACCUGAAAAUAGUCGACCCCGCUGACACAAUGUCUAAUAGCAAUGCUCUUGAUGACGAACCCUUUCCUUUCAUGAGACUGCCCUUGGAGAUCCGCCGCAUGAUUUACGGCUUCGCACUCGCCAAGAUGUUCCCAGGACGGCACCUGCACCUGCACAGAGACGCCGUCGGUAGCGGCGUCCGCUUUGUGGUCGACGACACUGUAUUCUCGCCCCAGCAACCAGAGGCGGACCACUACGGCCUACGCGUGUUGGGGCGACCCGAAAGCCGCAUGGUAGACGCCCGCACUUCCACGUCUGACACCUUCUACCGCAUGGACGUAUUUGAGACCUACAAGGUCAUCCGCGAAGUGGAAGGGGAUCGCGGCCAGAGGGGGCUCGAGGAUUUUAAUGACCUCCAGUUCCCGUUCCCAGUGGGUUGGGCCGGCUCACGCCCGCCGGGCGAUGUUGCUAGGGAUCUCAAAGUGAUGCCAGAGAAAAGUGACGAAUCAGACUGCGCCUCAGACUGUUCCUCCGAGGACUCGGGGGCCUCGGAAGUCGACCCCGACAUUACUAGCAACGAGAUGCCUCUGUACCACCCACCCGCAGUCGGCGUGACCAUCCACCGCGCCAUGCACCCAGACCCACACUGCGACGUGCGCUUGCAUGUGCCAGAUUAUGAUUACUACUUGUUUGAAGACCCAGCCGGGCCGUACCCCGAUUUUGUCCCGGACGAGGAAGACAGCUGGGCCAAGAACAUCGACGACUGCACGUGCCACUACCGCUUACCAGAUGACUACUACGAUAUCUUUCAUCUAUCUCAAGUCUGCCGCCAGUUUACCGCCGAGCUGGGCUCUGUGCUGUGGGCGGACGCUACGAUCGAAGUGCGCGAACCGGCCGUGUUCGGCAUGUUAGUGCGCGCGCGCCCCGCAGCGCUGGGUCUCGUGAGACGAGUCGUGCUCCAUGUGUCGUGCUUUGGCGAUUUCAAUGAUGUAGAUAUCGAGGCGGUUAGGGAAGUGUGCUUGUUCUUUUCCAAAGAGGAAGAAGCAGGUCCUGAUGGCGGCGCCGGGAAAAGGCUGAGGUCUUUUACGGUUGUCCUCUCGGUUCCGAACUCGAUAUCAACAGCCGAUAGCAGAACCAACAAUACUAACAACAGUUGGACCGGUGCUGAUACGGGGUCCGGGACGAGUGGUGUGUAUUACAGUUUUAGUGCCGCUGCCGAGGCCCGAGUCAGGGAGUUGGCAGCCGUGUUCCGGGCCCUCGAAAUGGCAGAGGGGGCCUCUUUCCACGUCAGGCUUGGGCGCGGACUCCCUACCGUGUUUCCGGACUUGCUUGGCCCGGAGAGCGACGGUUUGCAAGCCGUGAUAGAACACAUCUCGGGGGACAUCAGCGAGGCGUGGAUGCCGGCGUGCAUAGUCCGCGGGAGGGAACGGAGGAAAGGCAUAUACGUGUGA